AUGACCUACAAUGACGAAGAAGCGAUUAAGAACAGCACCUUCGCUUAUACAAAAGAAACCAAGUUCGUGAUUCACGGUUAUAAAAGUUCCACGGAAAAAAACUGGGUCCAUCAUCUAGCUGCAGAACUACUGGCUCACGACGACUACAAUGUUUUCGUGGUUGAUUGGAAAAAAGGCGCCGGGGUGACUUACGGUAAAGCUUGUGCCAAUGCCCGGGUCGUUGGUGCCGAAAUCGCUGUCCUUCUCACGAAACUGAAGCAACUCAUGAAUGCCAAUCUGAUGACCUUUCACCUGAUUGGAAGCAAUGUCGGAGCCCACGUUGCUGGUUAUGCUGGGGAGAGACUAACCGAUCUUAACCGAAUCACAGGUUUGGAUCCAGCUGCCCCUUAUUUCCAAAAUACCGGACCAAUUGUGCAUCUAGAUAGGGGCGACGCUCAUUUCGUCGACGUCAUCCAUACCGAUACCGGAGAUGGUUUGGACUUCGCGUUUGGAAUGCACAGUCCAAUCGGCCAUGUUGAUUUUUACCCAAAUGGCGGUAAAUUUCAACCAGGCUGUCCCAAAUCGAACAUAAUCGGAUCUAUCACGGGAGGCAUCAUGGGAUUGUUGAACCGUGACAAAAAUCGUAAAUAUACAAUAUCUUUAUCUUGUUUAAUUUAUUUUUCUUAA